CGCCUUCAUCUCCUACCAGGGUUGGAUCUCUAAAUCUUCUCGGCCGUUACUGUUUCAUCUCCGCCCAAGAACACACCCAUCCAGAAAGCCCCAUAUCAAGAAGAAGGCUGCCUCGCUUGUCACUUGAAUCACAUCUGUGCCCCGAAUACUCAGAGACAUCACUAAACUUAAACGGCAUACGUUCAUUUCUUGCAAAAAGCUUUGAAAGAGGAUGAUUUCACGAAGACACUAAAGGGAUGUCUCGUCACACCGCCGAGUUAAUGGAGCACUUCUCAUUCGUCCGGCGGCAACUAGCGCUCCACCACGGCGCGUCCGCGGACAAGACGCGCCGCGCGCAAGGCUACAAAGACGCGCUGGCGCUUCCAUUCCAUCUCGACGCGACCUACCUGGACGCCUCGGGUCAAGCCGUCACCGGUCGUUUGGCCUACCUGCCUUUCCGCGGACAUCAUCUGGAUCUCGGCGGGGUGUGUGACUAUGCCUACGAGCCGGCGUUCAUUCGGAAGCGCAACGAGAGAGAGCGUCAUCGAGUGCGCUGCGUGAACGACGGUUACGCGCGGCUCAGGGAACACCUGCCGCGGGAAUUGGAGGAGAAGAGACUGAGCAAAGUGGAGACCCUCCGUGCGGCCAUCGACUACAUCCGCCAGCUGCAGGGGGUGCUGGAGCGGAGCGCGUCCGGCGUCUUGGAGAUGUCGCCCGGAGACGCGCGUAAAAGUGGUAAAACCGGCCAGCCACGUGGGGCGGAGUGUAACAGCGACGGCGAGCUUUACUAGAAGUUUAUUAAAUAAUAGAAAUAGAAGCAUGAGGGUUUUCUUGACUUUAUACGUUGAGACUAUAAUAGGCCUACUUUAAAAAAUAAAAAUAAACGCUUUGUACCACUCGAAGAUGUGAUAUUUUAAGGGUAACAUAUUGAGAUUCAUUUUUACACUGUAGACACUAUACACAGCAUCACUGUGUUUGUUUGGUGGCAAUCUUGGUAAAUUUCCAUCCACAAUUCUCUUUAUGUUUUUAAGUGUUAUCCAUUACAAAAAGUAGCCUUACACUGUUACACCAUUAUUUAUUUGUUAUAGAAGAACAGUUUGGAAUUGUUUCAUUGUAUUUUGUCAAUAAAAAUUGGCAUUUACCAAAAUGUAUUCCCAUCAAAUUUGUUGCAAUGAGACUUCUGUCAAACCAAAUAAAAAAAUCACUUUUUGGGAUAACAUUUAAUUGCAUGGACUCAUGGAUUUAUGAUGUAGGCCCAUAGACCUAUGUAUGCAACCUUCAUAGUCAACCGUCUUAACAGAAUCCCAAGCAUGUGGUUAUGCCCACUUCCUCUAUUAUUACCUCAAUCCCAAUAAUGCCUUUUCAAAGCCAACCCCAACUUUUGAUCUGCAACCUGCGUGAGGCUGGGCCGGAUAUUCCACAUCCCAGGGGCGGAAGAAUGCACCGUUACACAGACGGAGCACCUUAGCAAAGAGAGGGAGAGAGAAACGCGCCCUCACAUCUAUUUGUUUGUUUAUGUCUAUCCCAGCCUGCAUCCCACCAUUAAUUCCCCCAGAAUCAUUCUAAUGUGGAAAACAUAAAAAAUAAAACAGUUUUGAAAGAGAUCGUACCGAGGUUGUGUGCGUGUGUCUGUGCGUGAGUGGAUGUGUAUGGGAAUAGGUGUUUUGCCGUGACAUUGUGUGUGUGUGUGUGUGUGUGUGUGUGUGUGUGUGUGUGUGUGUGUGUGUGUGUGUGUGUGUGUGUGUGUGUGUGUGUGUGUGUGUGUGUGUGUGUCUGUCUUGGGGGGAGGGGAAUUAAGUGGAGAUGAUUAGUGUGCGGGUACCUGGGUUUGAUGGUUCAGUGGCACUCUGGAGAUAUGGAACAUGGAGAUACUUCAAUGAAAGCCAUUAUGGUGUGUUAUCUCUUCAGACUCACACACACACACACACACACACACACACACACACACACACACACACACACACACACACACACACACACACACACACACACACACACACACACACACACACACACACAAA